UUUUUGUUCUCUUUUUUUCCUUUAAAGUUAAUUGUUAUUGUAAACAAACGAAAUAAAAAUACGAUAUUAUUACAUACAUAACAUAAUUAAAAAACGACAAAACUUCCAGAGGAACAACCACUGUGCGCCACGAACAACACGCAACAUGAGAGGGGGUUUGCAUCGCGGGACUUUCAUUUUUGUUUCCAUCCCCCAAACGGAUCACACGCGUUCGAAGCUUUCCCGUGUGCGGUGUGUUAAGAUCGCUGCCCAAGAGCUGUCAAGUUGUUUGUUUUGAUUGUGGGAAGCUUUCCCUACGCAAAAAGGGGGCGAACUAACGAAUGUAAUUUUUGGGUGUUUUCGCACGGAAAGGUGUGUCGUUGUUUGUUCUUUCAUUUGCAUCGGAUCGCAAACGCAACGAGUGAUUCGCAACAGAAGCGGAACAGUUUGGAAAGUGCAUUAUGGCGUCGGUGACAAAUGCGAAAGAAAGAUCCGGUUCGAAGCAGGCAGCAGAACAAAAUGUGGAGACGAAACCAAUUAAGCAGAAGGUUCAGGCAGAUGAGCUGGGUGACAAACGUGAAGUGAAAAAUUCGUGGUGGCUUCUGUUUGGAGCAAUUCUAUUGUUGACGGCUGGCACUCGGUUUUACAAGGUAACCGUUCCAGACCACGUCUGCUGGGAUGAGACACAUUUCGGUAAAAUGGGAAGCUGGUACAUUAACCGGACGUUCUUCUUCGAUGUCCAUCCACCACUCGGCAAAAUGCUGAUCGGUCUUUCCGGUUAUCUGACCGGGUACGAUGGUACGUACCCCUUUGACAAACCGGGCGAUAAAUACAAUGGAACACAUUACGAAGGAAUGCGAAUCUUCUGUACCGCACUUGGUGCUGCAAUUGUUCCGAUGUCAUUCCACACCGUCUGGGACAUGACGGGUUCGCUGACGGCGUCCACGUUUGCGGCCGCCUAUAUCCUGUUCGACAUCGGUAUGCUGAUCCUGAAUCGGUACAUUCUGCUCGAUCCACCACUGAUCUUCUUUAUGACCGCUUCCGUCAUGGGUAUGGCACGCGUCUCACGAUUGACCAGGGAAGCGAACAGUUUCUCCCCAUCCUGGUGGAGUUGGUUAGCAUUCACCGGAUCCAUGCUGGCGUGUACGAUUAGUGUGAAGUUUGUGGGGCUGUUUGUGGUGCUGCUGGUUGGACUACAUACGGCCAGCGAUCUGUGGGAUGUACUCGGUGACCUAACGCUGCCCAUCUCGCACACCGUCCGUCAGUUGAUUGCUCGUGCACUAACGUUGAUCGUACUGCCCGUCAUUCUGUAUACCAGUUUCUUCUACAUUCACCUGAUGGUGCUGAACCGUAGUGGAAGUGGUGAUGGAUUUUAUAGCUCCGGCUUCCAGUCUAAUCUGAUCGGUAACUCCCUGUACAAUGUGUCGAUGCCCCGACAGGUUGCUUAUGGAGCUGUGGUAACGCUGAAGAACCAUAAAACGGGUGGAGGAUAUCUGCACUCGCACAAUCAUCUUUACCCGAAAGGUUACGGAGCACGCCAGCAACAGGUCACUACGUACAGCCACAAGGAUGAUAACAACAAGUGGCUAAUUAAGCCGUAUGACAAACAAACGGUGGAUAAUGUAACGCUAAUCAAGCAUGGUGAUUUGGUGCGAUUGGAGCAUGCACAAACGAAACGGAAUUUACAUUCGCACCGUGAACAAGGUCCGGUAACGAAGAAGCAUCUGCAAGUCACCUGUUAUGGAGAGGACGGUCAAGGUGACACGAACGACGUGUGGGUGGUGCAGAUUAUCGGUGGUAAACCAGGCCAGGUGGUGGAAACCGUUACGAGCCGUCUAACUUUGUACCACUACAUCGAACGGUGCGUCCUGACGACUACCAGCAAACAGCUGCCCAAGUGGGGUUUCGAACAGCAGGAAGUCACCUGCAAUCCCAACAUUCGCGACAAAGCCGCCCAAUGGAACGUGGAGGACAAUCAGUUUGAUAAAUUGCCGAGCGUUAACUUUCAGGUUUACGCACCGGGCUUCAUUAGUCGCUUCUUCGAGUCCCACGCCGUUAUGCUGCAGGGUAAUGCCGGUCUGAAGCCGAAAGAUGGUGAAGUUACCAGCCGACCGUGGCAAUGGCCCAUCAACUAUCGGGGUCAGUUCUUCUCCGGUGACCCCGACCAUCGCGUUUAUUUAUUGGGCAACCCAAUCAUCUGGUGGAGCAAUUUGGUAUUUUUAGCACUCUUUUUAAUCAUCUUCGGCGUGGAGAUUAUCAGAUAUCAACGCAAUUCGGCACCCGGUCCGGUGACCACCGGGACGACAACGCGCGAUCCAUCGCCGCACACCGAGGAUGCUAACAAAUGGCAACUACUGAGAGCAUCACUUUGGUUGUUUGGUGGAUGGUUGAUCCACUACCUACCCUUCUACGCGAUGGGACGCGUCCUCUACUUCCAUCACUAUUUCCCCGCACUGGUGUUCAACUCGAUGCUCGCCGGUGUAAUGCUCGAUUACAUUACGGGCCGAUUGCCCGGAUGGUUGCGUCACGCCUGCCUGGGCACGGCAAUGGCCGGGCUGGUGUACAGCUUCGUACUCUUUGCGCCGCUCGCUUACGGUUUGAGUGGUCCCUUUAGCCACGAUCCCAAGUCUACAAUGGCCUCGCUCAAGUGGAUGAGCAGCUGGGAGUUUUAAGUGGGGAAAUCGUUACGGUGGAACAUUUGCCGUUAUUACCAAGCCCACAGCCAAAAUUGUAUUGUUGAAAUGAAAUUUUCAUCAAGAAUUAAGGCUGGUUAAAACCGACGACAAGCAUACCUAAUUGCACGAACUUAACUGUUUUGUUGUGCGAAUUUACAUAGUUGAUUAGCCUCGUGAACCAUAGAGUAUGAAUUUUGAGAAGGUUUGCGCCUACAGUUAUGCAAUUGGUACAACAAAAUUUAAGAUUUUAGUCACUAGCAGUUUUUUACCAAUCUAAAAGUUUAUAACAAACGUCCUUAAAAUGAGAUUUUAGCUUAUGAGUUUAGUUGAUCGUUUCCAUAAAUACUCAUUACUUCAAUAAACCGUUAAUUAUUCCUAUUUUGCAAUCAAACGCUUAAUGGCACACAAUUUCCAAUCAA